AUGGCGCUCGACAACUAUUAUCAGAACAAGAUCGAGGCGAUGAAGCUCGAGAUCCUCAAAGGGCAAGCUGUUCUGAGACGUCUUGAAGCCCAGAGGAAUGACUACAACUCGCGCGUACGGCUCCUCCGCGAGGAGCUCGGACUCCUCCAACAGCCUGGCUCCUACGUCGGUGAAGUCGUCAAAGUCAUGGGCACCAAGAAGGUUCUUGUAAAGGUGCACCCCGAAGGAAAAUACGUCGUCGAUAUCGCCGACUCCGUUGACGUCACCAAGCUUACCGUUGGCAAGCGAGUAACGUUAUUGUCUGACAGCUACAAGCUCGAGAAGAUGCUCCCGUCCUCGGUCGAUCCUCUUGUAUCUCUCAUGAUGGUGGAAAAGGUUCCCGACAGCACAUACGACAUGAUUGGUGGUCUCGACAAGCAGAUCAAGGAGAUCAAGGAGGUCAUCGAGCUCGGUCUCAAGCAUCCAGAGCUAUUCGAGUCCCUCGGUAUCGCUCAGCCCAAGGGUGUGCUCCUUUACGGCCCUCCCGGUACCGGCAAGACGCUGCUUGCCCGAGCCGUCGCCCACCACACCGACUGCAAGUUCAUCCGCGUCUCAGGCUCUGAGCUGGUGCAAAAGUACAUUGGUGAGGGUAGCCGCAUGGUCCGCGAACUGUUCGUCAUGGCCAGAGAGCACGCCCCGUCCAUCAUCUUCAUGGACGAAAUCGACAGUAUUGGUUCCUCGCGUGUGGAAGGCUCCUCGGGCGGUGAUUCGGAAGUGCAGCGCACCAUGUUGGAACUGCUCAACCAGCUCGAUGGUUUCGAGCCCACCAAAAACAUCAAGGUCAUCAUGGCCACGAAUCGACUCGACAUUCUCGACCCCGCCCUUCUGCGUCCCGGCCGUAUCGACCGAAAGAUCGAGUUCCCUCCUCCGAGCGUGGAGGCGCGUGCCGACAUUCUGAGGAUCCACAGCCGAAAGAUGAACCUCACCCGUGGUAUCAACCUCACCAAGAUUGCGGAGAGGAUGAACGGCUGCUCCGGUGCCGAGCUCAAGGGUGUCUGUACCGAGGCGGGUAUGUACGCCUUGAGGGAAAGGAGGGUUCACGUCACACAAGAGGACUUUGAGCUGGCAACGGCCAAGAUCCUCAACAAGCACGAUGACAAGGAGGUCUCCCUCGCCAAGUUCUUCAAGUAG